AUGGGGGUGGUACCAACACCACUCCCAUCCAAGCCCGACGGGAAGGCGGGCAGCAUGGUCACCGGGAGGAGCUUUGGUCGGGUGGCGGCCACGGGCACGGCGCGAAAAAGGGCUGCGUCAAAAGGACGCAGCGCCCCUACUACCGCGCCUGCUGCGCCCGCUUCCGCUGUUUCUGCUUCCACCGCAGCAAAGCAGCCGGGCUUAAGGGUGGCAAAGGGACGGAAAGCUCCCCGCCCAAAGGCCGCCAAAACGGCGAUUAAGACGGUGGCCAAAGAGGCGCCCGCUAAGCGGGCGGAUCAAGGGAAGCCACCACCACCACCCCCACCCAAGGAUGGGGGAGAGAAGGAAGCGCCUAUACAGGAGGGCGGCUUUACGGUGCAGUUGAGUAAAAAGGCUCGGCAGAAGGCAGCAAAGGAGGAGAAGGCCAAGACCGCCAAGCCGUAG